AUGGCCAAGGGGAAAGCCAAGAACGUGGUGAUCAAGAUGCUGAGUGCGGCGGGCACUGGGUUCUUCUACACCACGACCAAGAACCCGCGCAACGUCACGAGGAAGCUCUCGCUCCGCAAGUACGACCCGAUUGUCCGACAGCACGUGAUUUUUAACGAGACCAAGAUCAAGAAGGGAUAA